AAUAAAUUGUAAUGUUAAUGGGCUAUGUAAAUUUUGUAACGAGAAGGUAUUCUUCCGAAAAUGGAAGGAUUAAGCUGUCAUCGAUAUUCACCUAAACAUUCAAAUAUUAUGCGCACACAUGUAUGAACAGUUAUUUGUUGUACUCGUUGUACUCGUUCAGAAAUUAUAGACACAUCCUCCGUCUCUCCUGGGGGAUCUUGCUUGGAUGGUUAUUCUAUACGUACUAUGAAGGGUUGUCAUAUUUAACUUGACCCCUCGAUCGAUCCGCCGGGAUGUUGACAAAAUAAGGGUUGCACCGAUACACCCCUUCCCGUCCUUCACUCCUCAUCUACCUGGAAAGAUCUAUAAAUUCAGUGCUCGACUUGGAUUCAUCAGGUUGCAACGCUUGUAUAGUGAAAAUUUAAUUGGCCAAAGGACAAGAUGGAGUUCCUUCCUACUGAAAUUUUAAUGCAAAUUUUUGAGCCCUUAACGGCAAAGGAGCUUUUUGCAUGCAGGGCUACGUGCGUACGCCUGAAAAAUGUGAUUGACGGCAUCUUAUGCAAUGAAGAAAUCUGGAAAAAAUUUUGCAUUACUGAUUUCCCGUCCAUGAGUAAGACCGCUCGAUACAAGUCGAAGGAAAUUUUGCAGUGGAAAAACAUAUACCGAUCCUUGACCUUAUGGGGUCGACUGGAAUUUGCUCAAGAGCAAAGGGAUGAGUUCGCGCCUGCCUCAUCACCGCGAGAGGAGAUAAUAGAUUUCCAGAUUCUCAAGAACGGAACUAUUGGCGUCCACACCCGCAGCGGCGUGAGGUACUACGACGCAAUUACCACCAGAAUGUUGAACGAGCCCUUCGUGCCUGGGAACUAUCUGAAGUACAUGGAAAAUGAGUAUGCAACCUUGUUUAUGUGCUCCAAUUUUCAUUUGAUUAUCAUGCGUAAGGUUCCACAGCGUACUCACAUCACCUAUGAAGAUGUGAAAAUGUUCACAUUUCAGAACAACCAUGUAUAUUUUGUUAAUAUGAAUGAUGAUCUUGUUUAUUUUGAUCUGAAUGAUGUGGAUUUAGAAUGCUCUCUUGUGCAUCGCUUUCCAAAUGAAAUCAUUUCAAUCGGUUUCCAGAACAACAACCUGAAUGUUCUUUGCAAUGACAAAUUUAUAUAUUCUGUUGUCAAUAGACAAUUGGUCUUGCAAAGUAACAUAGUAUUCUACCCCAACAUGCUGGAUGAGUUCCAUAAAUACAACUUGUUAGACCAUCUUGAUUGGCGCAUUUGUUUUGAGUGGAUGGCACUGCUGCACCACCCAAUACCUCAAGGUGCACUGAGGGAUAUCAUUACGAUCCGCACAUAUGGGGAUAUCGUUUUUGUGGGAACAAAUUGGGGUGUCCUGCGCAUCUAUUAUAAGCCAUACAUCAAUGAUCAACUCGAUUUGUUCAGCUGCGACCCAGUUAAACAGUACAAUUUUAUGGAGCCAUAUGAAUGCCCAGUGCUUAGUACAAGCCCUAUCAUUCAGAUUGAUGCUGUUGAGAUUGAUGAUGGUCACAUUGUGGUUGUGGCAAUGCCAAAAAAAUUGGCCGUUUUGAAAUUUACACAUGACUUUGAAUAAGUCAUUGGUUCCACACCAUUCCAACGGAGCUUGUAAGAGCUUAUUUUAUUUAAGAGAUUUAAGACUCAAAUGAAACACUCACAGCUUUAUUUAUUAUUAUUCAGAUAUUUUACAAAAUGUUUUAAUUAUAGACUUAUAUUAUUUUAUUUAUUGAUCCAAAAUGGUUCUUCUUAUCCAAUUAAGUUAUAAAAUCUGCUGCGGCGACGCACAAAUCUUACAACGAUCUCAUUAUUUAAUGUUUACUUAUAUGUCUAGUAGUCAUAAGGAAAAAAAAAAUGUAGAUGUAUAGUAGAUGAUUGAUGUUAUUCCAUUAUUUAACUUAAAUUAUGUCACAUAUAUGUACCUACCAUGAUAAAAUCAUUAAUUUAAGCUUUGAUGUGAUCAUUCCAUAUGUAUCUUAAAAAGAUUAAUUGAUUGUAUUGUAUGAGACUUGAUGUUAAUGUUCUAGUCAUCUUAUCAUAGUUAAGUCAAAUCUCUGUGUUAUGUUAAACAUAUAAGUGUUUUAAAAAUGAUAAUAAUUAAAGCGUGGCAUUAAGAGUAAAAGGGAAGAGGCGAUUUUUAUCGUUAACUUAUUUACAAACAUAAAGAUAGUCAUUUUAAAAUGAGGCCUAUUUGGGCCUAAUUAGGCAUUCAAUUAAAUCGGAUCCUGCUAGAGAGAAAAAUUGUGAUAUGAAUACAGGUUCGGAUAAUAAAGGUAUUGGGAAUCAGAAUGUCACUUUUUAAAGAUUUGGUUUUUCUACUUCCUAUUCUAUAACUCAUUAUUUUAUGUCCAAAUAUAGUAAAUUUUAUACUUAACAUAGUAUGGUUCAUAAUGUAUAAAGAUUUGGUAAAUGAUAAUUUAUACAAACUACAUUUAUAUUAACAUUAUUUAAUUAAAACUCUAAAUUUACCUAUAAUUAAUUUUAUAUCACAUAAAUUUAUCUUUUGAUAAUCCUGAUUCUAUUUUAUUGAUCUCUUUUAGCUAUAAGUCUAAAACUAUUUAUAUUGAUUAUUGUAAGAUUUCAAGUUAUGGUCCACAACAGCGGCUUUAUGGGUUUAAAAUUGUAUAUUGAGAUAUACCUACCUUUGUGAAUAUAAAAGUUUAAAAUUAUCUUAUAAACAAUGGUGCUGUCCUGUAGUUUUCAAUUAAUAAAAGUGUUUCAAAUCAUGGACACAUUGAUGGGCCGAACCUCUAUGUGUAUUUAUCUUAAUGCCAAAUAUUACACUUUACAUUUUGAUGUCUAUUACUCUUACAACCCAUUAGUAAUAGGACUAGUUUUUAAGCAUUUCUAUUUGUUACAAAUGUAUCUCAAUGUGUUAAAAAUAUGGUGUUACAAUGUAAGUAAUAUAUUAUGCCAUUAAUGUAUUUAAAUGGCUUCAUAUUGAUAUGUGUAUUUUAGAUCUCUGUCUCGAAGUAUUGCAAACCAUGCAAAUGAUGUAUACCAUGUGACUAUGUUUUAGAAUAAUAAAUAAAUGUGAUUAA